AGUUUUCCUUCGCUUCCUUUUUUUUUUAUUUUUUUUUAUCUCUUUUAGGGUUCCUGACCGCCUUCAAGAACCGACAAUCCAUCCUUCCUUCCCCCCUCACCCCGCCUUCCUGUCUUCUUUUCCUUCUUUCCUUCGUCCCUUUCUCCCUUUCUCCUCUUCUUCCCCCUCUCCCUUCCCCGCUCCCUUCCCCUCCUUCGCACGAAAGCACGCUCUUGUGCUGGACUCUUUUGCUGCUGCCCCUGUACAUUCAUGUCCCUCCUGCCUUAGCUUCCUUCCGCUAUCCCUCCCAGAUAAACAGCCCAUCACCAUCAUGGCCGCCCGUAUCUUCCGCCGUCGAUCCCACCUGCUUAUCCUGCUUAGUUCCGCAGUCUUCCUCAUCUUCAUCACCUUCAACGUCUUCCCCUAUCUCUUCAUCGAUAUCGGCUAUCUGUCGCGCCCGCUCUGGGACAAACCCCAAUGGGAUUUUGACCAGACCAUCGUCCACAAUUACGCCGAAGGCAUGUCCAUGAAGGAGCGCUGUGAAGCUCAUGGAUGGACCCUGCCUGCGCAAGAUAUCUCCACCAACCAGAACAAGGUCUACGACGCCAUCAUCUUCAGCGUGGAACUGGACAUGCUUGAGAUCCGGAUGCGGGAGCUGUGGGACGUUGUCGACAAGUUUGUGAUCCUCGAGUCCAAUGCGACCUUCACGGGCCUGCCCAAGGAGCGGGUCUUCCAAAUGAACAGGGAGCGUUUCGCAUUUGCAGAAUCCAAGAUCAUGUACAAGUUCUUGCCGCUCUACCCGCUUGAGAAGGGAGAGUCGCCUUGGGUCAACGAGGGCAGGACCAGGAACGGGAUGACAACCUUCUUGCUCGAGGUCGGUGUGCAGCAGGGAGAUCUGGUAACCUUUUCAGACGUGGACGAGAUCAUCAGUCGACACACUAUUGAGCUGCUUAAGGCGUGCGAAGGGGUGCCUCAGUCGCUCCAUCUGCAAACCAGGAACUACCUGUACAGCUACGAGUUCCCUCUUGGAGACGAGGGCAUGUGGCGGACGAGCAUCCACAAGUGGGUGCCUGACAUCUCUUAUUAUACCCACCAACAAACAUCCAAGUUUCUCCUCACCGAUGCAGGUUGGCAUUGUUCCUUCUGCUUCCGCACCAUCAAAGAAUUCCAAUUCAAAAUGGAAGCGUACUCUCACUCGGACAGGGUCCGGUACAGCUAUCUGAAGGAGCCCACAUGGAUUCAGCAGGCAAUCUGCGAAGGCAAGGAUCUGUUUGGCAUGUUUCCUGAGGCGUACUCCUUCAAGGAGCUCUUUACCCGACUGGGUUCCAUCCCCAAAUCAACAUCGGCUGUGGGGUUGCCUCGAUAUGUGCUCGAGAACCGACAGAGAUUCAAGUUCUUGCUUCCUGGAGGAUGCCAGCGUGAGGGGCCACUUCAUACCUAGGCAAUUGUGUAUCCCACCAUUGUAAAAUAUAAUAAUAAUAAUAAUAAAGUCUGCUUUUCCAAGUGUGUGGUGGGUGACACAGGAACGGGGAAACAUUUUUGUCUUCCCAUUCCAACCCAUACCAACCGGUAUCAGCUAACAUGAACUGUACAAAGCCUGAGACAGAAAUCGCUCAAACCGGCACGCUCCGUCGUUCCCAUCAACAUCACUACUCUCCUUGGAGUGUCAGUCCCGGCUACCCUUGGGACGACUUUUGGAUUAUUGCGAAGAAUGCUACGCUAGCUUAAUGAAGCCUGUGCCAGAAAUAAAACUCAAAGCUGUGUCUUUGUGCGCGCCGUAGCAACGAAACAUGAUAAACAUCCCAUGCGUGAUGAAAGGAGACUGUUAAG